UGUGUCCAAGUAUAUACCACGUCCACCGCCCCCCCCUCUGCCCAAUUAUACCACGUCCACCGCCCCCCCUCUGCCCAAGUAUACCACAUCCACCCCGCCACUCCCUCUGUCCAAGUAUACCACGUCCACCGCCACCCCUCUGUCCAAGUAUACCACGUCCACCGCCACCCCCUCUGUCCAAGUAUACCACGUCCCACCGCCACCCCUCUGUCCAAGUUACCACGUCCACACGCCACCCCCCUCUGUCCAAGUAUACCACGUCCACCGCCCCCCCGCCACCACCCCCCUCUGUCCAAUUACAGUCAGGUCCCCUCCACCACCCCUCUGUCCAAGUAUACCACGUCCACCGCCACCCCUGUCCAAUUAUACCAUGUCCCACCCGCCACCCCUCUGUCCAAGUAUACCACGUCCACGCCACCCCUAUGUCCAAGUAUAACCAUGUCCACCGCCACCCCUCUGUCCAAGUAUACCACGUCCGCCGCCACCCCUCUGUCCAAGUAUAACCCACGGCCACCGACACCCCCUCUGUCCAAGUAUACCACUUCCGCCGCCACCCCUCUGUCCAAGUAUACCACGUCCACCGACACCACCUCUGUCCAAGUAUACCACGUCCCACCGCCACCCCUCUGUUCAAGUAUACCACGUUCACCGCCAUCCCUCUGUCCAAGUAUACCACGUCCACUCCACCGCCACCCCCCUCUGUUCAAGUAUAACCACGUCCACCCGCCACCCCUCUGUCCAAAUAUACCACGUUCACCGCCACCCCUCUGUCAAAGUAUACCACGUCCACCCCGCCACACCCCUCUGUCCAAGUAUACC